UUCUUUUUUUAAAAAAAUAAUAAUCAAGAUAUGGAUUCAUCUUCUAUAGAUACUCGUACAGUAUCUACUUGUUAUUCUGAUGAAAAUAAACGGUUACAUGAAAUCAUGUCUAAUCCAGAAGAAUUAGCAUUCUUCGAGACAUUUCUAUAUAAUAUGCAGGCUCAUGAAAACCUACUUUUUAUAGAAGCAUUAUAUGAGCUAAAACAUGAAAAAUCAACUCAAAAUAUAGAAGCUAUUGUGAAUAGAAUUUGGAAGACAUUUCUAGCAAAAGGUGCACCCUUGGAACUCAAUGUGCAGAGUAAAGAGUCUAUUGAAGAAUAUAUCCAAUCACACAAAUGGGGGUUCUUGGAUAAAGAUGAAGUAAUUGAUCAUUUAAAAGAAAUUGAAGCAGAAGUUAAAUUAUUUUUGACCGAGAAAACAAUUGAAUUUGAUAAACUUUAUCGGCCAGAAAGAGUAAUUUUUUAUGACUCAAACUUUAACAAAUACAAAAAAAGGGUCGUUGUUAUUGGCGGAGGUUUUACUGGUUUCACGGUUGCAUCAAUUCUGGACCCUAUGCCACGUUUUCACGUAACUUUGAUUGAUACUAAAGAUUCCUUUGAAUACACACCAGGAAUGAUCAAGUUACUUGUCAGACCAGAAGAAACAUCUUCACUUCGUGUACGACAUGACGCAUAUGUCAAGAAUGGUCGAGUUAUCAUUGGAUAUGCAGAACAAAUAACUCAUGACGCUAAAUAUGUUAAAGUUAAUGAUGAAUUUAUUCCGUUUGAUUAUUUAGUGAUUGCUACUGGAAGUACAUAUCAAUCAAAACUAAAAUCAUUUGAUACCUCCUCACUUUAUCGAUUAUCAGAACUUGCAGCAGAACAUGUUCAACUCAAAAAAGCAAAAUCAGUUUUGAUUAUUGGUGGUGGCUUAGUAGGAUGCGAACUAGCAAGCGAAAUUGCUACCCAUAAAUACCCAGCACCUUAUGAUUUCAAAAAGAAGAUAACCAUUAUUGAUUCACAUAGUUCACUUGUACGACGCAGCUCACCAAAACAAAAAGCCAAUGCUCUUCAAUACUUCGAUGGUCUUGGUGUCCAAGUGAUCUUGAAUGAAAAAAUCGUUGAUUUUGAUACAGCAGAUACAAACUCAUACUUGGGAGCAAGUGGUACACGGUAUUCCGGCUAUGACAAAGUCUUCUUGGCUACUGGGACCACAGCCUGCAGUGAUAUCCUGAAAGGAGAUGGUGAUGCUGGGUUUGAGACAUGUCUUGACUCUUGGGGCCGCAUUCGAGUGAAGCCAACUCUACAGGUUGAACACUGGAAACAUAAACAUAUCUUUGCUGGCGGUGAUGUGACAAACAUUGUGGAAGAAAAGACAGGCUAUGCUGCCACGUUAGCAGGUGUCUGUAUUGCUCGUAACAUCUGUCGUCUAGAAAAAGGAAAAAACCCACUAGAUCAAGGCUGCAAGGGAACCAUGCCUGCGCCAUCUAAACCACUUCAUGGUAUUGAAGAGCGUGGUGGUGUCGGUCGUCAAAGCUUGAGCAACUUCAAAAAGACAUUUGCCUUUUUGAAUCCAACCUGGGCCGCAUUAAAGUACUUUGAUGAAAAGGAGUUUCUGAACAUUGUACAAGGAGAAGCCAAACUUACGACAACAGCCGCCAUUGGGAAAAAACCGAAAGCAUUGGAUUUACCAGGCUCGCAUUAUUGUCAGGAGGAUUCCAAUAGUAGCAUUUUUAACCUAAGUCAUCUUGUUAAACAACAAACAAACAAGAAAACAACAAGCUUGUUGACAUCUUCUCGUAGCAACAGUAGCACUAACUUAACAGCACAAUUUCACCGCGAUCUACAAAUCUCGACCAAGAAUAUGUCAGGCUCAGAUGUUAUUAGUUCAUCUUCAUCGUCCAGCCCACUCGAAAGUCAACUGAAGAAAGAGCUCAUCUCAACUCAAAAUACAUCUCAUUCAGAUGAAUUUGUUUGGCCUAAAGAUAAUCUUAAGCCUCGACCAACACACAAGACUUCCAUGAGUACCUCUCAGUUCUCAUUCCCUAAACAAGUUGACACUAGACAAAGAAGCUUUUCCAACGAUCACAUAUAACACUCUCUUAGAUUACAUUUUGUUUUUUUUCUACAUGUAUAUAUCUACAUAGACUCUCUAUUUAUGUAUAAAUAAAAAAGUUUAACUUUAAAAUAAACUAGUUGUUAUCUGAAC